AUGGCCAUAUCAAUCACCAGUCUAAACAACGUGAUGGCGCAAGGAGAGGACCCGGCCCUUGCUUUGCAACAUCAAGGCCGCACAGUAUCCUUGAUCAACUCAAGACUGUCCCAAGCGAACCCGGUCUCCAAUGCGAAUCUAGCAGUGGUGGUCAUGAUUGCCCAAUACGAAAGACUUCGCGGUCGAUUUCUCGAGAGUCUCGUACAUCUGGAUGGCCUCUACAGCAUGGUGGAAAUGCGGGGAGGAAUCGCGACGCUUAUCAGGGAUGAGCCCUCCCUUGGUCAAAAGAUCGCCAGGCUUGACCUUGAUCUAGCUCUCUAUGUUGGUACCGAACCGCGCUUCGAUGUCGCAAGGAUUAGCAAUGACAACACCAGCAUGCCAUGGCUUGCCCAGCCCUUGAUCGCAGAACACGAGCUGGAUUCUUGCGGAUUUAGCUACUGUCCUGGACUAAGCAUUCAGCUACAAAGCCUUGCUAAAGAGGUAACUUGUCUUGGCCGGCAGGUGAAUGACGCACAUCUCUACAUACGCGAUCAUUUCAUAUCACACUCCUUCGCCUCGGCCAUCGUGUGGUUCAUUUUGCGCCACUGGGAGGGCCGCGUCCAGCAUCUGAGAUCGAUAAUGUUGUUCAGCUGGGAUUGA